AUGGCCUUCCAGGCAGAGCUUGCCGCACUCACAGGUGAUCUCGUAAAAGCUAUCACCGGUGUGUCCCAAAAGUCCCAAGCCAAAAAGUUCAGCCAAUACCGCGAACGCGCAGUGCGCCGCCUCCUCACUCAUAAUUUCCUCCGCACAAACCAGUUCGAGGUCGAGAAAACAUUGAAUGGCCUGGAAGAAACGUUUCGAAUCCAUCACCGCGAGGCUCUAGCGGAUUCCUUACGCGAACGCCUAAACACCUUGGGUACCGUGGAAGCGCAAUGGCACCCCGACUUUCUCCAUCUUCUUCUAGAACUAUCUGAUCGCCCUCUUCAGAACACGAGGCUUGAAGACCUUGAUGAUCUCCGGCCGCCCGCUCCAGAACCCGAACCGCAAUUGAGAUGGGAGGACAUCGCAAAGGAGGAUGGAUGGGCUAACGAACCGGACUUAUGGGCGUCCAUUGAUUUUCACGAUUCCGACGGUGACGCCUACGAUGAGUUCUUGUCUGAUUCUGGUAGCGAACCCGACUCGCCCGUGUCUGAACAAGUCCCAGACCCAACGCGGACUACAGAGGACCUGGUCGUCGACUGCCAAGACCGCCCAACCCUAGACGCCUUGACGAAAGCCCAGGAGUGGAGGUUACAUACGCCGUUCCAACUCUCGGAGGACAAGUCUCGGAAGGUCGCCAUCGACGAGUUACAGGUUCUCCGGGAAUUCCUCUCCAUGUUGAGAGGUCACAGCACGACCUUAUUCUCAAAGGACUACGUUCCGAAUUUUGCCUAUCAAAUAUCCGACGUCUCGUGGGAGACGUACAAGUCUCUCAUCACCUCUUUCGCUCAAACGGGGCGAAAAUUGGGCGUCUUGCGUGCCUUUUCUGGGCGCUUUCAGACCGCACCUCACAUACAGGUGUUUCAAGACUGCGUCACGCGGGUUUUGCAUUCCUUUGAUGGCCAGGUGACGGACAUCGAGGCUCGCCUUAUAGGCCUCGAACAGGACGUAAUUGUCAGCCUGUUGGCCGUAUCAGAUGAGCUACGAGCUCCCCUGGAACCUCUGAACAAGCUCUCUGAAAUCCUACAGCAGCUUGAGGAGCCAAAUCAAGGCUCUUUUCGGUACCUUGAACUCCUAUUCCAGGAGAUCGGUAUCGCUCAAGUCGCCGGAAGAAGGGCCACCUUCCAAGUUUUAGGGCGCAUCUUCUUCGACUGCUUCCGUUACUACAUGCGCCCAAUUCGGCUUUGGAUGCAGGAGGGCGAGCUGGUACCUGGAGAUAAAAUCUUCUUUGUGUCCCAGUCCGCAACUCAUGUGCCACUCAAUCAGAUCUGGGCGAGCCAAUUCAGGCUUAGGCGUACCGCGGAUGGCAGCCUGUACGCUCCGGCCUUUCUCUCCCCGUCUGCCAACAAAAUAUUUAUCGCUGGGAAAAGUAUUGUGAUUCUCAAGCAUCUGGGCAAAUAUACUCGCGUGAGGAACGGCGGUCUCGGAGAAGACAAGACCCCCAUCUUCGAUUUCGACACCAUGUUCGCCUCUUCGUCAGACCUCGCCCCAUUUACCGAGCUCUUCGAUAGCGCUUUUGAAAGAUGGAUUGAGAGCAAGCACCAAGCCACUGCGCUCGCCCUGAAAAACAUCCUUUUGGAAUCCUGCGGCCUGUGGACAGAUCUCGAGGCUAUGCAGGUCCUGUACUUUAUGUCAGACGGUUACUUGGCGGACUCGUUUUGCACAUCCAUCUUUAAGAAACUUGAUGCGCUGAACGUAGGCUGGCGCGACAGGUAUGCGGUGACUGCGCUUGCACAGGAAGUGUACUCAUCCCGCUUGGCCCAUCACCGCAUCUCCGUCAUGAUUGAGCCACGUGGUCGGCGCAUUCCCGCCAUCACGGCACGGGAUUUUGUUCGAAAGCUCCUUCCGGAAGUCACCCUAUCCUAUACCGUCCGGUGGCCAGUCCAGAUGAUAUUAGCGGAGGAAAGCAUUGCGAGAUACAAGAGUGUUUUCACGUUGCUUCUCCAGCUGCGCCGCGCAUAUUACAUGCUGAAAAAGCACCGGCUCCUUGCCAACGAUGUGACCGACGCAGAGAACUGGGACGAUCGAAGCACCUAUUAUCUCGUCCGUUCCAAGUUACUCUGGUUCUGCAGCACCUUCCAGAGCUACUUGACAACUCUUGUGCUGGCCCCGAAUUGUGGAAGAUUGCGGGCUGAUCUUGAAGAAUCCCAUGAUGUCGAUGCCAUGACGGAGGUCCAUCUCGCCUUCACGAAACGUGUGCUUGAUGAAUGUUGUCUGGGAAGCAAAUUGAGGCCCAUUCGCGACGGUAUUCUCGACAUCCUUGACUUGACGAUUCAGUUAGAGAAGGCGUAUGUUCUCAAUGCGUUGAAAGAGAGCGAAGAGAUGCAGGAAAUAUCUCGUCUAUCAGUCAUAUCGUCGCCGGCUCGGCCUCCACUGAGGGCGACACCAUCCCGUCGCACCACUGCUAGCUCGAGACGGAAUGCCGACACUUCGGACGACGACGAUGACGAUGAUGACGCGAGUGUCCAUAGUCGGCUUGAUGACAGCCAUGACAUGAGGUCGUUUAAGGAUAUUGUUUUGGGCAUACAUUCAGCCUUCGACAGACAUCUCAAGUUUGUAAGCGACGGGUUGAGAGCCGUUGCAAGAGCAACAAGCGACCCAGCGGCUUCCAAGUGGGAUUUACUUGCGGAGAUGCUGGAGACCGGAAUACGUGGCACCAGGUUCCAGGGCUGGGCCUAG